UCAAGUGGCCCGGUACCCCAUACUCCCGGAGAACCCCCCACAUAAAACAUAAAACUGAAGCCCGUUCGAGGCUCUCUGACAUCUACACGUCGAGUCUGAAGGUCCGAGCAGACCGGAAGAAGAAACCCGGAAGUGCUGUUGAGCAGGCUUCUUUUGAGUUACUAGCUGCCCUGUUGUCCCCUGAAGUUCACAGCAAAAUGCCUGAGAUUCUGACACCGAGGAUUCGAGCCAACAACACCAGUGCUAGCACUGGACUGGAGGGCUUCAAGGCGCACGCUGUGUUCCAGGAAAUCAGCAAGAAGCUGGAGGAGGAAGGGGAUCAGUUUGUGAAAAAGAUUGGAGGAGUGUUUGCCUUCAAAGUGAAGGACGGCCCGAAUGGACAGGAAGCAACUUGGGUGGUGGAUGUAAAGAACGGUAAAGGCUGCGUUAACAACGACGAAGAUAAGAAGGCCGACUGCACCAUCUCCAUGUCCGAUACAGACCUGCUGGCUUUGAUGACGGGGAAGAUUAAUCCACAGACUGCAUUUUUCCAGGGCAAGCUGAAGAUCACAGGAAACAUGGGCCUGGCCAUGAAGCUUCAAAACCUGCAGCUGCAGCCAGGGAAAGCCAAACUGUAGAGGAGGCGUUCAGCAGAGCUCCAACUAAGCUGCUCAACCGCAGAACAUUUAGUCUGGCUGCAGAUAAACCUCGGAAGUGUUAGAAAAUGAACCAUGGCUCCUGUUCAGGGUGGGUCUCCCUGACAGAACAGUGGCUUUAGUCACCAGUCUAACUACAGAUUAACAUAGACACGUAAUUCAUUUUCUAAUUGAGUCCUUCUCUGUCCACUCUUCUUUUAGGCUGUCACUUUAGGACAGGUGCUCCCUACUUUAUGACACAAAUGACGUUCAUGUGUAGAUUUUAAUAACCUUCCAAGUAAAUGUUAUUGAAUUUGAUAUCACUAAAUAUUUUCACAACACAUUGGUUACACAAUUCUAAACAGGACUGGAUAAGUGCCUCCAGGAGUGACUCAGAAUCAAGAGUUUAGUAACCAGUCUGCCCAACAUGUUAAUAACUGGGGGGGUUUGUAAUAUUUUUGCUGUACAAUUAAUAUAAUAUUGAUGUCUGCCUUCUAAUUAAAUUAAUCUUUGCUACCUGA